CCUCUAAACAACAUGGCGCCACGGUUUGCAGCUGUAGGGGGAUAGAGACUAGAAAAAAAAACAUAUAAAGCAGAGCAGUAGUUAUUUUAUUUUAUUUAUUAUUUAUUUCUUUUUUUUACUCUUUCAGACUGCAAUGUAAGAUAACCGGGCAUUCUGCAUAGCAUCAUUCUCCAAGCACUCUUAGUUGUAGUGUGUAAACACGCGGCGAUGCAGUCGAAGCUUUAGCACAGAGACUUGCGAUGACAGGUUGCGUAUAGGGUACUCACCUGUUAUGACAAGGAAGUUAUUCUGAUGAUAGAGCUGUCUGACUCCUAGGGAAAAGAGCGAAUAACUUGAUGUCUAGAGAGGAAAUUAACUCCAGAUACAACAGAUGCUAUGGGGAACAAAACGUGCGUUACCAUUAGGCAUAGUUUCCAAUAACGCAUGUCCUCUGGGACACAUAAAGCAAGAUAUCUAAUUUAUUACAGUCAGGGUUAGAGAAAUAAGUUCCAAAAUGAAUGAAGACAGUUUUUCUUCCCAUCCUCAAGAAGAGAAAGAAAGAAAAAAACUUCCACCAAUAUUGACUCCUGCAUCUCGAGGCACAGACAGAGCGACAAAAAGCCACUUCACCUUCAGUAGUUUCAUCUCAACCAUCAACCAGAAGAAAGAAGCAGCUAGCAGGCCAAAUCUGACAGCACACCUUGUCAAACAAAAUAGCAAAAGUGUGAGAGAGCUGCCUCCCAUCGUUCCUGAUGUCCGACAAAAACAGCGGCUCUCCAUCGAGACUCUCCCCCCAGAGAUGAAGGCUCCUAUCCCCCCAGAGCCUGUCAUUCCAAUCCGCACAAAGACAGUCAAAGAGUUUCAGGAGGAUAUGGAAAAAGCAAAGACAUCAGGGGACUGGAAAUCUGUGCAUGAUUUCUACCUCACUACAUUCGACUCUUUUCUGGAAUUGAACGCAGCGUUUAAGAAAGAUGCAAAUGCUCCAUUUAACACCAUUGAAGAUUCAGGGAUUAAUGCCAAAUUUCUAAAUGCUGUUUAUGAUUCCAUACUUAGUACCCCACCGGACACACAAAAAGCUGUGCUGAAGGGCAUCAUUAACAGUUUAUUAAGAGAAUGGAAAGGUGCUCGGACUAAAGAUGACCUUAGAGCCUACUUUACACUUGUACAGAAUCCUCAGUACACAAGCACGUCAACGUAUGUCAUCUUCGCUCACUUGCUGAGACAAAUAGCCACCUUGGCUGAAGCUGACCACCAUUUCUUAGUUCACUGGUUUAAAAAGCUUUCUCAGAGGAGGUUCAAACAGCUGGUUGACAGAUUGCUUCAGUUCAUAUCCCUGCGACUCUUUCCAGCAAAAUCUGAGGAGCUUCCACCAAUGGGGAAAUGCACCUGGUGGAAUCCUUCCGCAACCAAAGUCCUUGCUUUACUCAACGCAGCCAAUAGCAUUUCAAAUCCUCCAAUUAUCCCUUUCACUGAUUUCUAUAACUUUACACUGGAUCACAUUGACAUCAUGGAAGAGUAUAACACUUGGCAUUCCUGUGGGAAUUCACACAGGUUCUCUUUCUGCCAGUUCCCUUUUAUUCUUUCAAUUGCAGCAAAGAAAACCAUAACCCAAAGAGACUCUGAGCAGCAGAUGAUCAGUAUCGCCAGACAAAGCCUUGUGGACAAGGUUUCUCGCAGACAGAGACCUGACAUGACCCUGCUGUUCCUCAACAUUCAAGUAAGAAGGCUGCAUCUUGUUAGCGAUUCCCUGGAAGAGUUGACAAGAAAGAGAGCAGAUUUAAAGAAGAAACUGAAGGUCACCUUUGUUGGGGAAGCAGGGUUAGACAUGGGCGGCCUGACGAAGGAGUGGUUUCUACUCCUGAUUCGACAGAUUUUUCACACUGACUACGGUAUGUUUGCAUAUCAGAUGGAUUCACAAUGCCAUUGGUUUAGUAGCUUGAAAUGUGACAACUACUCUGAAUUUCGAUUGGUUGGAACUCUGAUGGGCCUGGCUGUGUAUAAUAGCAUCACCCUGGACAUUCGGUUUCCACCUUGCUGUUAUAAGAAGCUGUUGAGUCCCCCCAUAGUUCCAUGUGACCAGAGCACUCCUGUUGGGAUCGCAGCUGUCAGCCUGGAUGACUUGCAGUUAGUCAUGCCUGAACUGGCACACGGGCUCAAUGAACUCUUAGCUUACGAAGGCAAUGUGGAAGAAGACUUUUAUUCAACUUUUCAGGUUUUCCAGGAGGAAUUUGGAGUCCUAAAAUCCUAUAACCUCAAACCAGGUGGUGACAGAAUCCCUGUUACCAAUCAGAACAGAAAAGAAUAUGUUCAACUGUAUGUAGACUUCCUCCUCAACAAAUCUAUGUACAAACAGUUUGCAGCUUUCUAUUAUGGAUUCCAUAGCGUCUGUGCUUCAAAUGCACUGAUGCUGCUCCGGCCAGAGGAGAUUGAGAUCCUGGUGUGUGGCUGUCCUGAACUUGACAUGCAUGCGCUACAGAAAGUAACCCAGUAUGAAGGAUACACCAAGACAGACCCAACCAUCCGAUAUUUCUGGGAUGUGGUUUUAGGAUUCCCUCUGGAACUCCAGAAGAAGUUGUUACAUUUUACCACAGGAAGUGACAGGGUACCAGUUGGGGGAAUGGUAGACCUGAACUUCAAAAUUGCAAAGCAUGAAGUCUCGACUGAGUGGUUGCCAAUAUCCCAUACCUGUUUCAACCAGCUUUGCCUGCCUCAGUACAAGAGCAAGAAAGAACUUAAGCAAAAGUUAACUAUUGCCAUUUCGAAUGCAGAAGGGUUUGGUAUGGAAUAGAGGCACAAAAUGAAAUAUUAAACUGUAGACUGAUUCACUCUGUUUUUACUGGGUCACCAACUUCUAAUGUAAAUUUAUAACUGUUUGUGAAUAUAGGGCUGUAAUGAAAAAAAAAAAAAUCACAAAGGUCCUUGAUGACCAAAAUAAGGCUUUUGAUCAGGGAAACUGUUUUAAAAGGCAGGUUAUAAUGGCAGCCUCCUCUCAGGAUUGCAAGAGUUAGUGGUACGAUUGUGUUAUAUAUUUUCUGUUUUAAUAAGGGGUUAUAGCAUGGCUUUAGCAGAUAUCAAACAUUAACAAAUGCAAGUCAUUUUUGGAUACGAAUGAUAGCAGAAAAGUUGUGUGAAAAAGUUACUAGUAGAAGACUGGCAUGGGCAGGAGGCCAGUUGGCCAGUAUUUUACCUGCAGAUUUACUUUACAAUUUGCAUUUCUUGCAUUAUCCAGCUGUAGAAGCAGUUCCUUCAAACAAACAAAUAGCAGAAGACCAGUCUAAAAUAGUUCAAUGUGGCUUAUAGCUCAAAUGGUUUUAGUACUGUAUACAUUAUAGCUUGUUUGGCCUUGUUAUUUGUAUUCUGCUGUCUUUUCUGAUGGAUAUACUGAUAGACAGACUGAAUUAAACCACACAACUUUGCUUUGUAAUGAAAUAUCAUCAAGUUACAAUAACUGUAUUUAUAAUACUUUUCUGUAUAUACAAAGGCACACAGUUCCAAGCAAAGGAGAUCUCAUUACAGCCCUACUGUAAGCUUUUUUAAAUGUUUGUAAAAUGUUUUUGUG